AUGGGAGCUGAUCGCAUUGCUGAUCAGCAUUUCUUGGUUCAACUUUUGCCUGGUUGUUCCGUAGGCGAAUUAAGGCCGUAUUUGUGUGCGCAGCAACGUCGAUUUGAGAAAGCGAGCGUCACACCACAGAGUGCGUGUUCUUCAGGAGCAGACUCUGUGGAGAGACUUGAUGGUGGCUUCGACCUCGUAUCCGGCUUCGCACAGCUCCAUUAG